GCUUGGACACGAAAUUUAAACUUCUCAAAAGUUGCACGACGAAAUCGCAUAAGAACUGUGAAAGUGACAAGCUACAUGUUUCUUUAGCCCUUGGAGGGUUUGAUGUUGAGUGCAGUUCAAGAGUGGUGUGGUUGCUAGAAUUAUAGAAGCUUGAUCAUGGCUGCGCCGAUUAGACCUCAGUUUGAUGGGAAAGAGAACACAACUCAUAGUGUGAAGACAAAUUCCGUUCCUGACAUGGAACCCAAGAGAGUGCUGAGAACUGUGCCUCAGAAUGUACAGCAGAAGCCAGCUGCCCAAGGGGAGUCCAGUAAACAGGAGGGAGGAAAGAAGUGGGCACUUGCUGACUUUGACAUAGGACGCCCACUUGGCAAAGGAAAAUUUGGCAAUGUUUACUUGGCUCGAGAGAAGAAAAGCAAAUUUAUUGUGGCAUUAAAAGUUUUAUUUAAAUCCCAGCUCCAAAAGGCAGGAGUUGAACAUCAGCUAAGGAGGGAGAUUGAAAUUCAGUCCCACUUGAGACACAUCAACAUAUUGCGGUUAUAUGGGUAUUUCUAUGAUGAAACCAGAGUCUACCUUAUCCUUGAGUAUGCACCAAGAGGAGAGCUUUACAAAGAACUACAGAAAAAUCAGAGAUUUGAUGAUAAAAGAACAGCAACUUAUAUAAGCCAGCUGGCAGAUGCCUUGAGGUACUGUCAUGCCAAGAAAGUGAUCCACAGGGACAUCAAACCAGAAAACCUUCUACUGGGCCUCAAAGGAGACCUAAAAAUAGCAGAUUUUGGCUGGUCAGUGCAUGCACCAUCAUCCAGGCGUGCUACACUCUGUGGAACACUGGAUUACCUUCCUCCUGAGAUGAUAGAAGGAAAGAUGCAUGACGAGAAAGUAGACCUUUGGAGUUUGGGUGUGCUUUGCUACGAGUUUCUGGUCGGCAAGCCUCCGUUCGAGGCUGAGGGACACACAGAGACAUACCGUAGGAUAUCCAAGGUUGAACUCCGGUUCCCGUCGCAUGUCUCUGAUGGGGCUAGAGAUUUAAUAUCAAAACUCCUUCGCCAUGACCCACAAAAAAGAUUGCCUCUGAACGAAGUAUUAACGCACCCUUGGAUUAGAGAAAACGCAGACAUGCAUGUUCAACCCACCCCAAGGGUAUAGUGUUACUUACAGACUUCUUCAUAUGAAGACCUUAUAAAUAUAUAAAUAUGUAUUAACAAAAUUAAUUGUGAAACAAAGUGGAGGGAAAGGAACUCUUAGUGUAAAUGAGGAAAUUGGAAUAAGACACUUCCUGCAAAGAGAUCGAGGUGAUGGCAUGUAGCAUCCCCAGGGACAGGAUUUAGUGAAGUUGGAUGACUUUAUGUAAAUUAAUUUGGUUCUGACAUGUGUGCAAGAUUGAAUGAAUAGUGACUGUUAUUAAAGGAUGGUCUGAUAUGUAUGUCACUUGUUUAAAAGUGAAGUGGAGAUUAAAAUA